CCAAGGUCUGGCACACCUGACGUUAAACAGCCAAGGUGAAACGUCUCAAGCUGGAAAGGAAGAAUCAGUAGCGACCUUUAAAGGGAACGAGUAUUUCUGCUAUGAUCUAUCCCACAACCCCAUUCAGAGCAGUACAGAUGAGAUCACCUUGUCAUUUCGUACGCUACAGCGGAAUGGCCUCAUGCUGCACACUGGCAAGUCUGCUGAUUAUGUCAACUUAUCACUGAAGAGUGGGGCUGUCUGGCUGGUCAUCAACCUGGGAUCUGGAGCUUUCGAGGCAUUAGUGGAGCCCGUCAAUGGCAAGUUCAACGACAACAACUGGCAUGAUGUCAGCGUGACGAGAAACCUGCGCCAGGUGACAAUAUCCGUUGAUGGGAUCCUGACAACUACCGGCUACACCCAAGAAGACUACACCAUGCUGGGCUCUGAUGACUUUUUCUACAUUGGGGGAAGUCCCAAUACAGCUGAUCUUCCUGGGUCACCAGUGAGCAACAACUUCAUGGGCUGCCUCAAAAAUGUGGUGUAUAAGAACAAUGACUUCAAGCUGGAGCUUUCUCGGUUAGCCAAAGAGGGAGAUCCAAAAAUGAAGUUGCAUGGCGAUGUUGUGUUUCGCUGUGAGAAUGUAGCAUCCCUUGACCCGGUGACUUUUGAGACCCCUGAAGCUUAUAUUGCCCUUCCAAAGUGGAACACCAAGAGGACUGGGUCAAUUUCCUUUGAUUUUCGGACCACUGAGCCAAAUGGUUUGCUGCUGUUUAGCCAUGGUCGGUUACAGCCCCCCAAGGAGGGUCGAUCAGAAAGAUUGCAGAAGGCUGAUUACUUUGCGAUUGAGCUGCUGGAUGGAUAUUUAUUCUUACUCUUAGAUAUGGGAUCUGGGGCAAUCAAGAUGAGAGCCAGCAACAAAAAGGUGAAUGAUGGAGAAUGGAGCCAUGUGGACUUUCAACGGGAUGGCCGAAAAGGUUCAAUUUCAGUGAACAGCAAAAGUACACCUUUUCUGGCAAGUGGGGACAGUGAGAUCUUAGACCUUGACAGUGAAAUGUACUUGGGUGGACUACCAGAAAACCGUGCAGAUCUGAUCCUUCCUCCAGAAGCCUGGACAGCAUUCCUCAACUAUGGCUAUGUAGGUUGUGUAAGAGACCUCUUCAUCGAUGGCAAGAGCCGAGAUGUACGACGCCUGGCUGAGGUUCAAAGUGUGGCUGGUGUGAGCAGCUUCUGCUCCCGGGAAACACUGAAACAGUGUGGUGCCUCUCCGUGUCGCAAUGGGGGCCAGUGCAGGGAAGGCUGGAACAGAUAUAUAUGUGACUGUACUGGCACAGGAUACCUGGGGAAAAAUUGUGAGAGAGAAGCUACAGUACUAAGCUAUGAUGGAAGCAUGUAUCUCAAGAUCAUGAUGCCAGUAGUGAUGCACACCGAAGCUGAAGAUGUAUCUCUCCGUUUCAUGUCCCAGAGAGCGUACGGUCUAUUAAUGGCCACCACAUCAAAGGAGUCAGCGGACACUCUCCGUCUAGAACUGGAUGGCGGGAGGGUCAAGCUGACCGUCAACCUAGACUGUAUCAGGAUAGACUGUAACCUCAGCAAAGGUCCUGAGACAUUGUUCGCAGGACAGAAACUAAAUGACAAUGAGUGGCAUGCUGUGAGGGUUGUCCGAAGAGGCAAGAGCCUACAGCUGUCUGUGGACAAUGUGACUGUGGAAGGCCAAAUGGCUGGUGCUCACACCCGGCUAGAAUUCCACAACAUCGAAACUGGCAUAAUGACUGAACGGCGGUAUAUUUCGGUGGUGCCAUCCAACUUCAUUGGACAUCUUCAAAGCCUUUCAUUUAAUGGUCUGCCCUACCUGGAUCAGUGCAAAAAUGGGGAUAUCAGCUACUGUGAGCUGAAUGCACGUUUUGGCAUGCGCAAUAUCAUUGCUGAUCCAGUGACUUUCCGUACAAAAGGAAGUUAUCUUGCUUUAGCGACAUUGCAGGCUUAUGCCUCCAUGCACCUGUUCUUCCAGUUUAAGACAACAGCACCUGAUGGCCUCCUUCUCUUCAACAGUGGAGAUGGCAAUGAUUUCAUUGUGGUGGAGCUGGUGAAAGGGUACAUCCACUAUGUGUUUGACCUGGGAAAUGGUGCAUCAUUAAUGAAGGGCAACUCAGAAAAACCUCUGAAUGAUAAUCAGUGGCAUAAUGUGGUUGUUUCUCGGGAUGCAAACAAUGUGCACACCCUUAAGAUUGACUCACGCACUGUGACGCAGCACUCCAAUGGGGCACGCAACCUGGAUCUGAAAGGAGAGCUGUACAUCGGAGGAGUCAGUAAGGGCAUGUACAACAACUUACCCAAACUUAUUGCUUCCCGGGACGGUUUUCAAGGAUGCCUUGCAUCUGUGGACCUCAAUGGAAGACUCCCUGACCUCAUUGCAGAUGCCCUCCACCGUGUUGGACAAGUUGAAAGAGGAUGUGAGGGCCCUAGCACAACGUGCACAGAGGACUCGUGUGCCAAUCUCGGGGUUUGUCUUCAGCAGUGGGAUGGCUAUACCUGUGAUUGUAGUAUGACUUCAUAUGGAGGUUCUGUCUGCAAUGACCCUGGAACUACCUACAUUUUUGGGCGGGGUGGAGCCCUUAUUACAUACACAUGGCCUCCCAAUGAUCGGCCGAGCACACGGGCAGACCGACUAGCUGUUGGCUUUAGCACUGAGCUUAAAGAUGCCAUUCUAGUCCGGGUGGAAAGUGCAAGCGGCCUAGAAGACUACCUGCAGCUUCACAUAGAACGGGGUAAAAUUGGGGUUAUUUUCAACGUGGGGACAGAUGACAUCACAAUUGAUGAAAAUGCUGUCACAGUAAACGAUGGGAAGUAUCAUGUGGUCCGUUUUACAAGAAGUGGAGGCAAUGCCACCCUGCAAGUGGACAACCAGCCAAUCAUUGAACGGUAUCCAUCAGGGAACUAUGAUAACGAGAGGCUGGCUAUUGCUAGACAAAGAAUACCUUUCAGGCUCGGUCGGGUAGUUGACGAAUGGCUACUCGACAAAGGGCGGCAGCUGACAAUUUUUAACAGCCAGGCAGCGAUUAUCAUUGGCGGUAGGGACCGAGGACGGCCCUUUCAGGGUCAGAUCUCAGGGCUUUACUACAACGGUCUGCAAGUGUUGAAGCUGGCUGCUGAGGGGGACCCCAACGUAAGGGCUGAGGGCAACUUGCGCCUUGUGGGGGAGGUAAACUCCGUCCUGACCACGGAAACCACCUCUACAACCCCUCUGGCAGACAUGUCCACUACUAUCAUGGAGACAACUACCACAAUGGCCACAACAACCACCAGAAGGCAGCGAUCACCCACCAUGAGAGACAGCAUUGCUCAGAAUACAGAUGAUGUAUUUGUAGCAUCUGCUGAAUGUCCUAGCGAUGAUGAAGACUUAGAGGAGUGUGAGCCGGGAACUGCCAACCCCACUGGGCCAGGAGAAGGAGGACCUCCAGGAGCAGUUGAAGUCAUUCGUGAAUCCAGCAGCACAACUGGAAUGGUUGUUGGAAUAGUUGCAGCAGCUGCCCUCUGCAUCCUCAUCCUUCUCUAUGCCAUGUAUAAAUAUCGCAACCGAGAUGAAGGCUCCUACCAGGUAGACCAGAGUCGCAACUACAUAAGCAAUUCAGCUACACAAAGCAAUGGAGCGGUGGUGAAAGAAAAGCAAACAAGCACCACCAAGAGCACGGGCAAGAAUAAGAAGAACAAGGACAAAGAGUAUUAUGUCUGAAAAAGAAAGAGUGAUAGAGAGAAAGAGAGUGAGAGAGAGAGAGAGAGUGAAAAAUGAGAGUGAUAUACCAUGAUAGGACCAUACCACGUCUUGUUCUCCUCUUUUCUGCAUUUUCUUUUGUUGAUCAACAAUCCUGUGCCUCACUCAUCAUCUCUUCAUAAUGGUAUUGAUGCACAGUCAUACCGAAAAAAGAAGGUUUAAGCAGAAUGACAGAUUGCUUUAAAAAAUGGUUUUGUCACAUUAUACAUUACCUACUUUUUUUUUUUUUGUUUUAUUUUUCUUUUGAAACUUUUGUUUCUGGCUUACUCAUGUUGUCCACACCCAAAACUUCCUUUUAUCUAUUUCUUUGCCUUGAUAUGUUUUUUGGUCAUUCUGAAGAAUGUCAACACUUUUAUAUAUUUAUAUAUAUUAUAUGCCCAUAUAUAAAUAUAUAUCAGUUUGGGUGGGUUGACAGACAAGUAAAAAGAGACAUGCCCUGUGGAUGUUUUUUUUAAGAAAAUUACAAAAAAAAAAAAAAAAAUUGUGCAAAUGCACUUAAUGCAUGAGACUUACUGAACUCGGAGCCAGACGUACAGUACAAGAAUUGUGUAUGUGUUUUCAACAACAACAACAACAACAAAAAAGGGAAACGAAAAUGAGAUGUAAAUGGAUUAAAGGAGUCCUCUUUUGUGCUAGAAAUGAAGCACAUUCAUCAUAAAAGUGAUUAGAGAAAACAUUUCUGCACAGACAUUUUUUUAAAGCAAAAUCAAAUAAAAACGGCGAACUGAUUUAAAUCAGAGGCAAAGUCAAUUUUGAUAACAGGUUGAACAAGAUGUUUUCAGUACUUCGUGCAGACAUCUGUCCUGAUGGUACUUAAACAAUCAUAAAUGGAACAGCUUCGUACUGGAUUGAGGGCGACAAUGUAGAGAAGUGGCAUGCUGGCCUGCACUAAUUCUGGAAAUCCGACCAGAUUAAAAUACCAGUUAACAAAAACGCAGCCGCCAAACACAGUCCAAACCUGGAGUAACUGCCUGAUCAACUAUGCCUUUGUUGCAGCCCCAUACUUUGUCUCUCUUUCUCUUUCUCUCUCCUUCCCUGUCUCUGUCUGUUUCUCACUUCUCUUCCUCCUCACUAAGGUGCUAAUGCAACAUUAUUCUGUUGUGAUUCAAGCAUGUAGUAUUCACAUAUUUCAGCCAUUUCUGUGGAAAACAGCUACAUCAGCCAUUCGAAAUCCAGUGUUUAACAACCCAAACAUUGGUCUAUCCUGGCAGACCACAUCUUCAUAUGCAUUAGGUCCUGACAGAACCUACCAGCAAAUGAAGGACUUGGAUUCUUGAUACAUUACAAAGUGACUUAAAUAUAUAAAUAUAUAUAUGUAUAGACCUUUCAGAGUUCUACAGACCAGCUAGCAGCUUAUAAAAUUGUGUGUAUGUGUGUGAAUAUUGAUUUAAUGGGAAAAUACAAAAAACGUUAGGACAACUGACAGAUCUUUUUAAGAAGUAUUUCCAUUGAGAAAAUAAAAAUGGAAAUGGAAACUGGAGCCAUCUUUCUGAUAACAAAAUGACAGAGAAAAAAAAAAGAAAAACAAAAGGAAUUUUGUAAAGGACAGAGGUAACCGUCCACCUCUGGCUACUGAUUUUGCGCUGCUGAAGGGAACUACCCAAGGAAACAUAAGGAACGCCUGCCCUUCAGUAAAGACUUACAGCGUGGCUUUUUUUGUUUUGUUUCUUUUUUUUUAGUUCCUUUUCAGUUUUUUGUUUCUUUAAAAGUAGAGAUGGACUGAAAUGGAGACACAAGUCACUACUGCAGGAGAAACAUAAAUUGAUUAUUAUAUAAAUUAUAAACUUUUAAAAGCAAAAAAAAAAAAAAAACUUUUGGGGGGAAAGAUGUGAACUGCAAUGUUUUAAUUUUCUUUCAAUUAUGAACUGUUAUCAGAAAACGAAAAAAAAAUGUACAAAAAGUUUGUGAAAUGUCUAAAUAUUUGAAAAUCAUCCCAUUAUUAACAAUUAUGUAUUUACCUUGUUUCCAUUCCUGUUAAAAGAAAAAAAGAAAAUGUUUGGGUAUUCUGAGGCAGAAAUAUUUACACAUUUACUCCAGAGUGAGUGAUGUCAUUUGGGCAAAAUUGUGUUAUCCUUUGGCAACAAAUCUCAGUCAGACGAGAUGAGCAAAAUCAUCCCAGCUGUAUCCAUUUAUCUUUGACCAGAUUAUUAUUAUUUUUUUCUUUUGAGAGAUUCUUUUGCAGACAUUAGUUGGGACCCUGCUUGUAUGCAUAAAACGCAGAAAGGUUGAGGGGCCCGGCGUAUUUUUUAUUUUUAUUUUUUUUGUGAAUCCCUUUGUAAGGGUAAGAAUGGGUCUACUUUUUUUCUAAUUUGCAUUUUUAUUUAUUUUUUUUAUUCAUGAGAUAUAGGCUAUUCCAACUAUCUUCCUGUUCUAUUCAAUGUUAUUGUAAAGUGUUACCAGUGAGAUGAAUCUUAAUAUGUGUACAUUAACAGAGGGGAAAAUACAGUUGGUUAUAUACUUCUUA